AUGAAGGUUGUGGAUAAUAUAGUCCAAGACAUGGGCUGUGGGGAACAGUGUGAAGUGACUCUUACAUCUGACUACGCCUUCACAGAUUUGGAGAAGACAUUUUUGAAAAUCGAUGAUGCAUGUUUCCACAAAAUAUUGUUUAACAUAUAUCUCCAAGAUGUCAAAAAGCUUGCAGAGUUUUGGCAAAUGUCUGAAAGUGAAAAGUUUAUUGUUGCUGAUGUGAUGAAAUAUCGCGGUAAUAAACUUCUGAAUACUGGAUUGUUGGUUCGUGCAUUCAAUUGCUACAAAAAAGCUAUUAGAAUCCUAGAGGGAAGCAUCAGUGUGACUGACUGUAACUAUACCGAUCGAACGAUGCCAGAUUAUCAGCUGUCGAAACCUAGCCCACGUCAGUUAUUAGCUAUUUGCCUGUCGAACGCAGCCCACUGCCUGUAUAAAUUUGGGACAACAUGCACUGUCAAUCCAAAGAAGUCUCAAUUCGAUUACCUUUCUGCAUGUAUCAAAUGCUGUGAGCGAGCAGUCAGCCUUGAACCAAACUAUAUAAAGGCUUGGUUCCGUAUAGCCAAAGUUCAUGCUUUAUUAGGGAACUAUGAAGAAGCGCUUACAACUGGACAAAAGUGUCUUACAUGUUCUCUCGAUAAAAACACAUAUGAAUCUAAAUGGAUUAGCGUCGAUGAACGCACAAAAGUGGAUAUCAGUAAUAAGCUAAAGAAACUGCUAUCAGAAUGGCGCGCUUCGUUAGACAGUGAAGAAAAAAUCGAAAGAUCGAUUAUUCGGGACCGAACAAUUAAAAAGUACUCAUCUUAUGGAGAUUGGUGCUAUGAUGAACUGGAUGAAAUAGAAAAAUUGCCUAUUUCAGUAUGGUCGAAUGAUCUAGCAGAGAAUAUGAUGUCUCUUCAUGAGGAGCUUGAAGCGUUUGGAGAGAAAAUGCCUGAAUUUGAGGCUUGCCGAACAAGAGGUAAAGGUCGAUUAACAACUAUUCACGAUGAAGACACCGAUGAAGACAGUUUCCAAGAAAAUGUGGCUUAA